CGCCAACCUGCCUCAUCAACACCCACAUCCAGGCAUACAUACCAUUUGCUCAAGGUUGCCAUUACCGCUGUCUAAGAGGGCACCUUACCUUACCGUGCCUUAGGUACAUACUCUGCCAUACCUUAGUUUGACCCAUCUUCGCCCUUUGCCCAACUGCUUCAAAAUCCCAACUGACUUGGAACCAACCACACACAAUUGCUUGAUUCUUGUUUCUCUACUUCUCUCCCAAAUACCUCUUCAACUCCAACCUCUACCUCUCCGGCCCCUCCCUCGGCCUUGGUUCACUCCCCAUCUUUUGACAUUUAACCACCCACUCUACAGUUCGACAUCCCUCUCUCUCCCUUUCCUCUCCACAGCGAAACCCUAUCUUUGGAUGACGAACGCACCAUGAACAGCGUCCCCUCCUUGGGCCGGAUGUCUUCUGAUAACACGGCGACUGCAGACUGCGUCACCCACCCCCGGUGAACCGCUGCCCUCGUCAUCCACUUGUAGACCAGCUUCGGACGUUUCUUCUGUUGUAGUCUGAGGAAGUAACCCUAGCUGUAUUUAUCGUUGUCUUCAAGAUCGCCUCUUCCGCUUUCCAACCUCCAAAGCGACCGACUGAGCAAACCCCGCCCUAUCCCGAACCGAAUCGAACCGAGCAGCCCACCGGGGGUCGGGCAUACAUAGCCCAUUAUGGCGACGAUAUUCCAGAGCUUCCGAAGCUCGACCCUGUCGAAGCGUCUGCUCAUCUACGCUCUGCGGCGUCUGGAGCUCCUGGACGAGGAGACGCUGGACAUGGAAAACCUGCAGUUCGCCCUCGGCAGAACCACCACGGCCGAGUUCAAGGAUGUCGGAGUGCGCCUCAAGAAACUCGAGCGACUCCUGCAACUCCCCACCUCGUUCCAAGUUCAAAAAGCAAAAGUGCUAAAGCUCAACGUCACGGUCCCCGUCGAUUUCUACACGAGCCCUAUCAUUAUCGAGAUUGAUGGCGUCGACGUGCGCCUAAAGGUGUCCACCGCCGGCGAAGACAACAAGAGCAAGGCGGCCGCCGCCCCCACAACAUCAAAUGAAGACGAGUCCAAGGGACUGCCGAACACCGUUAACCUCGCCGAGUCGUUCCUCAACGAGGAUGCUGCUUUGAAAGAUACCAAACUGGCCGACGAGAAGAGGAGGUUGGAGGAUGCCCUGGCCGCCGAAACGCAGGACCUCGGCGGUUCGACCUUAAGCGAAAGCUCCACGAGCGACGACGGUAGUCAGUUCGGCACAGGCCAGGCGCUGUCGCUCCCGGGGUUUCUGGCCGGCUUCCUCCAGGGCAUCGUCGAUCGUAUCCAGGUCCGUAUCCGGGGAGUCACCUUCCAGCUGGACGUCGAGGUCCCUGUCGAGCCCAACUCGACAACGCCUGAGCUGGUCACUUUCCAGCUCGCCCUCGAUCGCAUAGAUGUCGAAGGCGUCACCGCGGAGGCACGCAACGACGAAGGUGCGCCGACGAUAGUGCCAAAGGACGGCAAACGCCACAUUGCCUUGUCCAAGAUCCGUGCCUACCUGAUAUCAGAGGCGAACGUUUUUUCGCAGUUUGCGCGCUCUCCCUCCGUCUCGUCACCCGCCGUCUCGCAGUCUCCGUCGUUCAGCGAGCGCGCUUCCGCAUCGAGACACAGCUCCUUCCGACCGACUAUGCAGGACAGUUAUCUUUCCGACUCAGCAGACCUCUCCGAAGUUGACGAUGCGCUCCUGCAGGACAGCGAAGAUGCGUUUAACAUACCGUACGACUUUUCCGGCCAGACGGAGGAACCUGUCGAGGAGGAGGAAGUGAACACACCCAGGGCCUCGAUAUACCAGGACUUUUCUCCUCGAGGCCAUGUUCCAAUGUCCCAGUCCACCGUCGUGGGAGACGAUAACCGUGCUGCGCCGUGGGCGAGCUUCCAGCGGGAGGCGAGAUCAGAGCCCUCGCUCCAGCCCAUUGAGGGCAUGCAGACAGCCGACCUGCUGGACUUUGGAACACCCGAAGCAUCGCAGCACUCAAGCACGACAGGCCACAGCUCGAGUCCUGGGGCAGGCGAGGAUUUGGCGCAGUCGCACCUGUUCACCCACGAGGAGGCUGAGAGCAUGUACAUGAGUGCCUUUUCUCAAGCCGAGCCACAGCCAGAAGGACCAAGGAUGCCAGGCGGCUGGGAUGCGGAUUCGAGCCCGGAAGCCUCGCCUCAAGUCAAAAAGGCGAGUCCAGUCCCGCGCAAACCGUCACCACCCGCGUUCGAGGCAGCUCCAGAUAUCCCCGAGUCAGCGACCCCCAAGUAUCAUGAUGCACCUGCAUCUCCGCGGCCACAGACACCGCCAUCGAAAAUCGAGUCUUCUGAGCCCAGCUUUGAAGAUGCGCGGGAGCCAAGGCAGUCUCCACGGAUCCUCGAAAAAGACGAACUAAGGGAUCAUCUGGCAGAUACACUCGCGCAGGCGGACGAUGUGGCGACCCCGAGAGGACCUACCAGAUUGGUGAAGGAGCUUGUAUCUCUCCAGAACAUAUCGCUAUACGUCCCAUCACUACACCAGCACCAGCAUGUACAUGCGCCACUCGAUGCACAAGCCUCUGUUAUGAGCCAUAAUGCGGCGUCAACCGGUCUUGCCAAAUCAGUUGCGCCUCAAGUCCCGGGAGCCUUCUCAGUGUACUCUACAUCACCAGGAAUGAGGUCAAGCUUCGCGCCGAGGUCGCCAGGACUCACUACGACCGAGCCAGACAGUGAUGGGCCUCUGGAGGUACAACUAUCCCCUCUGGAGAUCCGUUUCGAUGCCUCGCUGGCGUACCUCCUCGCCGUCGUCGUUGGCAAGUUGCUCGAUGCGUUGAAGGGCAAUGCCCGCUCUACUCCUGUCCCGAAGCCGACUGGGGCUGCAAAGGAACAGCAGGAGUCCACAAUACCUGACAUCAAAGUCGUAUUCGAGAAGAUCUCGCUCCAUUUUCUCCACCAACUUGGCGGUGUUGCCGACACUGCGGAAAGAAUCCUGGGUUCUCCGAGAUUGCAGCUACAGCCAGAGAUCCUUCUCCGCACCGAUCUCGACAACCUGAGCGUGUCGCUCAAGAACUCCAAGAAAACCCUAGAAACGACAGUGGACCUUGAAAAAUUCCGCUUUGGCUAUGCGAAAGACGACAUCAUCUCGUUUGACCAAAGCCUCCAGAUGCGUGCUUCCGUCAUGGACAAAUUCCCUUCGGCCGGCUCAGACAUAUCUGUCAAGGUGAUAAAAUUAUCUGACUCGAUUCGUACAGAAGUCACGACCUUGCCAUUGCUGGUGCAACUCGAUCUACAAAGACUAGAUGAGACAUUCAGUUGGUUUGGUGGCUUGAGUAGUUUCCUCAACAUGAGCUCUUCCAUGUCAUCAAGCGCCUCCCCAUCUGUCAGGUCGCCUGUGCAGCCGCCUCCAAAACCCCGUGGAGUUCACUUCGACGCGCCGAUCAACCCAGAUGACAAGUCAGCAUCGGCCGAAAACAAGAUUGACAUGCGGAUUGGAGGCUUCAAUCUCGAACUGAAGGGCAAGGAGUGCAGCGUUGGCUUGGAGACCAGUGCCGUUAAGAUGGUGAGCCGAGAACUGGGCAUCGGCUUUGCGAUCAGCAAAGUCCGACUCGCUGGACCUUACAUAAGAUACUCUCGAGGUGAACCGCCUAUUUCGGCGGAUAUUGGAGGUGUGCGCUUCGAGUACCUCGCGACGCCAAAGGACAAGGAUCUCGAAAGGCUUCUCGAGCUCAUCAUCCCUUCCAAGGCCAAAUUUGACCAGGGCGACGAUGAGAUCAUGGUGGACACGCUUCUACGGCAACGGCGCAAGGGCGGCGUCCUGCGAGUCACAUUUGAUCAGUUCAGCGUCAGGGUCGACCGGAUGCAUCAACUGAACUGCCUUCCCGUACUGGGAGAUGAGGUGGCGCGACUUGCCACCGUUGCUAAGUAUCUUCCGGAAGACGACCGCCCUGGCAUCCUCCUUCUAGCCGAAGUCAAGGAGCUGGCUGCGGUUGUCGAUUUUGGCGGAAAGCUCGGCGUGCUGAACGCGAACCUCCGAAACUUCGAGGUCGCUCAGAUUACGGUGCCGUCGCUGGUGGCAUUCGGCGUGCAUGCUAUCUCUGUGAAUCGCAACCACCGAGAGGACCUCGUGAGUUCAUCGACGACAUUGCCGCCCGGAACGCUCACCCAAGGGCCCGUGCUCAUGGUACGCAUGAUUGGAGAUGAGAUGGAGCCGGUGAUUAAAAUCAAGAUGCGCGAUGUGACGAUUGAUUACCGUGUGCCGACGAUCAUGGACGUCCUUGGGCUUGCAGACGAUGCAACGCCUCAAGACUUCGAAGCCAGCCUGGCCGCUUCUGUGGCCAAUCUCGGCGAGCAAGCACAUACUGCUCUGGCCGGCAAGAGGCCUCAGACCACGACUCGGCUGCCAGAUCCUGCUCGACCUAACAGUAAGCCUAUGACGGUCGACCUGGUUCUUCGCGAUUGCUUAAUCGGCCUAAACCCCCUGAACCUGCCCUCGAAACUUCUCAUCGCCCUGACUGAUGCCCGGUUCCAAGUGGUGCUCCCCAAGGACGUGGAUACCACGGCAAGUCUGGACUUAAACAAGGCCUCGAUCUUGCUCAUCGACGAUGUGGCUAACGUAGGUGCGAGCUCAACUGUCAAUCGUCGGCAGUCGGCCGACAUGUCGUCCCAGCAGGUAUCUCGACUGGUUUCGCAGGGGUUCGUAAGCAUCUGCUAUAUAUCGUCGGCCAAAGCGGUCGUGAAGGUGUCGGAAACCCCGGAUGACGGUGAAAAGCAUGUCGACAUCGAGCUCCGUGAUGAUCUGCUUGUGCUGGAGACAUGCGCCGACUCGACGCAGACGCUCAUUACCCUGGCCAAUGCAUUAACGCCGCCCACGCCGCCCAGCAAGGAGAACAAGUAUCGAACCUCGGUUGUCCCCGUGCAGGAUCUGUUGGCUUCGAUCUCGGCGGAGGCGUUCGGCAAGGCGGAAGGGGAUUACGACUUUGACAAGGAUUUCGAGCUUGCCCAAGAGCUAGGCGGCAGCGACGAGUACGAUGCGGCGAGCGACAGCAGCCCGUUGCAAAUCGAUUCGCGCUACUACGGAGAUGCCGGCGGCCCCUCGGAGCCGCUCUUUGACGCGGAGGGCUCAAUCACGUCGAAUGCCACAACCACUCAAGACACCCACGACGGAGUGUUGCUGACCAGCUUCAACGCGAGCGCAUCUCACCAUUCCGAUGACGGCAGCGACCUAGUGAUCCACGAGCACUUCUUCGACAAGGGACCCGAGACCGACGGUAGAGCCCAGGUCUGGAACUCGUCCAAGAACAGCUACGACAGAGCGCCGAAGGAGCUCGUCAGGAGGAGCCCGCUUCGGGUCUCGGUUCGCGACGUGCACGUCAUCUGGAAUCUUUUUGACGGCUACGACUGGGAGCGCACCCGGGACGUGAUCUCGAAGGCCGUGCAGGACGUGGAGAACAAGGCGUAUGAGCGCCGCCGGCGAUCGGACCGCGCCGUGUUCGAAGACGACGCCGAGGAGGAUGAGACUGUCAUUGGCGACUUCCUGUUCAAUUCGAUCUACAUUGGCAUCUCAACCAAGCAGGAUCCCCGAGAGCUUGCGCAAAUGGUUAAUCAAGAGUUGAACGACAAUGCGACCGAGACCGAGUCUCUUGCGACCACGGCGUUCACCACGACAACGAGCCGAGCGGGCGGUUCCAGGCCCAAGAAGAGACUGAGACUGAAUCGAAGCAAGCACCACAAAAUCACGUUUGAGCUGCAGGGAGUCAACGUCGAUCUGAUUGCCUUCCCUCCUGAGUCUGGCGAGACGCAGAGUUCCAUCGAUGUUCGAAUCCAGACCCUGGACGUCUUUGACCACGUCCCGACGUCGACAUGGAAGAAGUUUGCCACGUACGACCAAGACGCCGGCGAGCGGGAGAUGGGCACCAGCAUGGUCCACCUGGAACUGCUCAACGUGAAGCCCCAGAUGGACCUGGCGGCCUCCGAGAUGGUGUUGAGAGUCACGGUGCUGCCUCUUCGACUUCACGUCGACCAGGAUGCCCUCGACUUCAUCACCCGAUUCUUCGAGUUCAAGGACGACAGUGCUCCUGUUCAUAGUUCUACCAGCGACGUGCCGUUCCUCCAGCGUGUCGAGGUCCACGACAUCCCCGUCAAGCUGGACUUCAAGCCCAAACGGGUUGACUAUGCAGGGCUGAAGUCGGGGCGGACCACGGAGUUUAUGAACUUCAUCAUCCUAGACGAAGCGCGCAUGACGUUGCGGCAUACCAUUAUCUAUGGCGUCUCGGGCUUUGACAGAAUGGGCAAGAUUCUCAACGACAUCUGGAUGCCGGACGUCAAGGGCACCCAGCUGGCCGGUGUCCUGGCCGGUCUCGCGCCGGUCCGCGGCAUUGUCAACAUUGGUAGCGGUUUCAAGGAGCUCAUUGAGGUGCCCAUGAGGGAGUACAAGAAGGAUGGCCGCAUCGUGCGCAGCAUCGGAAAGGGCGCGGCGGCCUUUGCGCGCACUACCGGAACGGAGAUGGUCAAGUUCGGAGCCAAACUGGCCAUCGGAACCCAGUAUGCGCUUCAGGGGGCCGAGGGUCUUUUGAACAAGCCGCAGGCCGACAACACCUGGGAGGAGGCCGAUCUCGAUCCAGAGGAGAAGAAGCAGAUCUCGCUGUACGCGGAUCAGCCGACGGGGGUGAUCCAGGGGCUGCGCGGCGGUUACUCGAGCUUGACGAGAGACCUGAACAUGGCCCGCGAUGCCAUCAUUGCGGUUCCGGGUGAGGUCAUGGACAGCCAGAGCGCGCAGGGGCUCGCAAAGGCAGUAUGGAAGCGGGCACCGACCAUCAUCUUCCGACCAGCCAUUGGGGCUACCAAGGUGAUUGGACAGACGUUGAUGGGCGCGACGAACAGCCUGGAUCCUCAGAACAGGCGUAGAGCUGAAGAAAAAUACAAGCGGCACUAGAUUUCAGUGCUGUUAGGAGUGCACACGCAUGAAAUACACCAGAUACCAGUAAUCGGACAUACAUUGGGGACGUUUCUUUUUCCUUGUUUGGAUUGGCUUGGAGCGUUUGUCACCAACGACGGGUCCUGUACGACUGCAUGAGACUGCAUCAUAGACUGGCGAAGGAGGGCUCGUCUUUUUAUUUUUAUUUUACACGCAAAGUUGAGAUUUUGUUAACAGUUCAAGGGCACCCAACCAGUGUAUUGCUUGCAAGGUAGCAGGUAGAGAGAAGCAUGCACUUGAUGAUAUCAUGGGGACUGGACUUGCUUCACUAAGUUGGCCUGGGCAUUGUGGGGGAAAGUCGAAAGGCCAACCUUAUUUCUGUAACUAUUUUGUCUGAGGCAAUAGGGGUUCAUGGCCUUUCCUCUACGAACAUUCCAACCGAGGAGAUUCCGACGCGGGUGAUGCGAUAUGUUUGAAGCACGGAUGCGAAUAGCGAGACGACGACGACCAUCGGAGUUUCCUGCGCCGGAAUGUCGGAAUCCGAGUAUCCACUCUUUCUGCGAGGGGCAGUUAGGCAGACACAGAUAUCGGGAUCGAGCACGUCAACGGGCUGGAGGGAAGAAGGGGGAACACGAUUGGUUCCGCCGUCAGAUCUGCUGCGGGUUUAGCGGGGGUCCCCUGGAAACCCGCGGACCGACCGGGCGAGCUCAGUUCAGCGUGUCCUUAACGCUCAUGGCUCAUGCCGGAUGCCGGCUGGGAGACGAGGUUCUCGUGGCGGAGACGGCGGACAUUGAAUGGGGAGGAACGCAUCCCGCCAAACCAAAAAACGGCUUUUCGGUUUGCGGACCGACGAACGGAUUGAAGACCGAUCGUCCCCCGUCU